UUUUGUCAAUUGCGGUUACAAGUUCUCAAAUCUUAGAAUGAAGCUGAUUUUAUAUUUUUUGGUUCUCGCUGCAUACGUGGGCAGUUCUUUAGCUCUUAAACAUGAGGACUGCGGAUUGCCACAAGCUAAAAAUGGCUUUGAUGACGGAAGAUAUUGCUUGUUUUUUAAAAAGUUAUGGUCCUAUAAUGCAGCGGCCAACAAAUGCUUAAGGUUUGUAUAUGGAGGCUGCGGUGGAAAUGCUAAUCGCUUUUUAAGCGAAAAGGAUUGUGAGGAUAAGUGUCUGGAAUAAAUACCCAAUGAAGAAAGCA